AUGUCCACCGAAAUGGAAGUCGACCCUCCUGUCAUCCAGGAUGACGCUCCCGAGCAGGGCCGCGGUUUGGAACCUCACAGCCAAUCUGGCGCCGUCGCGGUGCGCAGUAUUGAGGGAUGGAUCAUCAUUGCGUCCAAUAUUCACGAAGAAGCUUCAGAGGAGGAUGUCACCGACCUUUUUGCGGAGUAUGGCGAAAUCAAGAACUUCAACUUGAACCUUGACCGACGAACAGGUUAUGUGAAGGGAUACGCCUUGAUCGAGUACUCGACCCUUCCUGAAGCCACCGAGGCCAUCAAAAACCUCAACGACACCAAGCUCCUUGAUCAGACGAUUCACGUUGAUUACGCAUUUGUUCGCCCGCCUCCAUCUGCCAAGGGCAAGGGCGGCGCAAAGGGAAACCGUGCUGGCCGUGGUCGUAGCCGCAGCCCAAACCGGAGUCGCAGUCCCGAAGCUGAGCGCAACUAG